UUCUUGAAGUCCCAGGAGUUGAUUAUGGCAGGAAGUGGAGAGGAGUCAAAGAAGAUGAAGCUCUAUUCAUAUUGGAGGAGUUCAUGUGCAUUUCGUGUUCGAAUAGCACUCAAUUUGAAAGGAUUGGAAUAUGAGUAUAAAGCUGUUGACUUGCUUAAAGGAGAACAGACGGACCCUGAAUACUUGAAGCUGAAUCCCCUUGGAUACGUGCCCACGCUGGUUGAUGGAGAUGCAGUAAUUGCCGACUCUUUUGCCAUCAUAAUGUAUCUGGAAGAGAAGUAUCCCCUGCAAGCAUUGUUGCCGCAGGAUUGUCAGAAAAGAGCAAUCAACUAUCAGGCAGCAAACAUCGUUUCGGCAAACAUUCAGCCUCUACAGAAUCUUGUUAUACUUAAGUACAUCCAGGAAAAAGUUGGCCCUAAUGAGACAACCCCUUGGGCUCAAAGUCAUAUAACAAAAGGCUUUGAAGCACUUGAAAAGCUACUUAAGGAUUACGCUGGAAAGUAUGCAACAGGAGAUGAAGUUUACAUGGCUGACUUGUUUCUGGCACCUCAGAUCUACGCGGCAAUCAAUCGUUUUGAAGUUGACAUGAAUCAAUUCCCUACUCUGUUGAGGGUAUAUAAGGCUUACCAAGAGCUGCCCGCUUUCCAGGAUGCUAUGCCAGAAAAGCAACCUGAUGCCACCAGCUAAAGCAAGAAUCUGAGGCCAUCCAUCUCCUUGGAAGUUCCCUUUGCAAACCAUUGAAAUAACUGCUGGACUCGUAUUUUGGCAGAAUUGUUAGCUGGUUUCUGCACAUUCUAUUCUGAAAGGCGUUUGCCUUUUGUAAACUUCUUUUCUUUAUGAUGAAUAAAUUUGAGAGAUGUGUGGCGCUUCAGUCAUGAGCUACUGAAGUACAGAUGGUGAAAAUGGUGUUGUACCUAUGUUACGGAGCCUAGGAUGAACAUUCCUCAGUCUAUGUUGUGAUUUGUGAGAUAUAAUACAGUUGUCUGCAUGUUG